AUGAAGGCUUCUCCUAAAACCUCUUCCUUUACCAAAAGGCUUUCUGCAGAUCCUGCUAUUCCUAGCGUAGAUAUUGCCAAGGACCCUAAUACACCGCAAGAGUUGUUGCAUAAGGCGAGGCGUCUCAAGGCAGGUGCAUUCACUUGGACUAGACCUGAGCCUAGAAAAGAAUAUAAGUUUCUAACUGCAUCUCCACGAGCAUUGAAUGAUCUAGGUUUUGAUGAAAAGCAAGAAUCUGAAAGUGAGUACUUUCGCCAGAUUGUUAGUGGUCAGGCUAUUGUUGAAAAUCCCUAUCCAUAUUCUCAAGCCUAUGCUGGCUAUCAGUUCGGCGACUUUGCUGGCCAACUAGGCGACGGUAGAGUGGUAAAUCUCUUUGAGAUAACUAAUCCUAAGACUGGCAGGAGAUACGAAUUGCAAUUGAAAGGGGCCGGAAAGACUCCAUUUUCACGUUUCGCCGAUGGUAAGGCUGUUCUCAGAUCGAGUAUCCGUGAAUUCAUUGUCUCAGAGUCUCUUAAUGCCAUUGGAAUCCCGUCCACCCGAUCUGUUGCUCUCACUGCACUUCCAAAGACCUAUGCUCAACGUAGUGCUUCUGAAAAAUGUGCCAUCGUCUGUCGUAUGGCACCAAGCUGGAUUCGAGUGGGCAAUUUUGAUUUAUAUAGAUAUCGGGGGGAUAGGGAGGGCAUUUUCCAAUUGAGUGAUUAUGUGAUUGAUGAAGUUUUCAAAGGCGAGAGUAAGUUAUGCGCCCAAUAUGCUGACAUUAUCAACUAUGAGCCAAAAAUCAAGGCCCUUGGCGAAUUGACCAAGUACGACAAGAUGUAUUUGGAAAUAAUAGUCAGAAAUGCCAAGUCUGUAGCUUACUGGCAGGCUUACUGCUUCUUGAAUGGAGUUUUGAAUACCGAUAAUACAUCUGUUCUUGGCUUGGCUAUCGAUUUUGGUCCAUUUGCAUUCAUGGACUACUUUGAUCCUAAUUAUACUUCGAACCAUGAUGAUCUCAUGUUACGGUACAGCUUUAAAAAUAUGCCUUCGGCAAUCUGGUUUAAUAUGGUAAAGCUAGGUGAAGAUUUGGCUGAGUUGAUUGGGGCAGGUGGUAAAUAUUUGAAUGAUCCAUUUUUCAAGGAGAAGGGUUUGAAGGAAAGCUGGAUUGAUGAUGUGACCAAGCGUGCUGAAGGUGUCAUUGGAGCAGGUGGAGAUAUAUUCGAACGGAUCUAUAUCGAUCAGUAUCUGAAAUUAGUUUGCAAGAGAUUAGGUAUAACACCAAGACCAUCAGAUCAUCUUGGUGUGGUGGCAUCAUUAUUUGAGACCUUACAGCAUACGAAACUUGAUUACAAUUUAUUCUUUGCUACAUUGCAACAACAGCAUAUUAAGGACAAUUUUAAUGUUGAUGCCGUUGCUGCUGCAUUUAUUCCUGACACUUUCAAGGAUGAUCCGUUUACAGAUCUUACUAAAGAAAAUGUUACGAAGCAACUCAAGUCUUUUCUUAUCGAUUUUAAGAAGCGCAUUGAGGAGGAGAAACUAACGGAUGAGAACAGAUACGAAAGAGCCCAUAAGUUCAAUCCAUUAUUUGUCCCAAAAAACUGGAUUCUUGAUGAAGUAAUUGAUUAUACACAGGAAAAUGAGUAUGAUCCUCUUUAUCUCAACAAGUUGUUGAAAAUGAGUAUUAAUCCGUACGAUAAAUCACAAUGGGGUGCUGAAGCCAAGGAAUUGGAAAAGAGAUGGACCUCUGCACCAAGUAGCGAUAUUCAGAUGCUUCAAUGUAGUUGCUCCAGUUGA